GGGGGGGGGGGUCGUCGUCUCCAGAUGUGUCCUCAUCUCCAUUAGUUGCGCUCCCACACAGCGAGGACUGCACGUAGUGUGAACGCCGGGUGUGGAAAUGAAGGGAUCACGAAGACAUCGGUCUGUUAUCCAGUUGUCAUAGUUGGAUUGUGUUCUACUAGUCUUCAAGACUUUCAUUGGCAUUAAAGUGUAAGCUGUGACAAUGACAACUGAAGUUGGCUCAGAGACUGAAGUGAAGAAAGAUUCUGAGCAGGUGGGACCAGACAAACCCAAGGGCAAGCCUGAAGAAGCGUCAGAAACUCCAGGAAAUGAAAAGUCCAGGAAAGCAUCCUCCGAAGAAACUCAAGAUUCUCCCGUCCCAGCACCAGUCAGCCCUAGUAGCCCAAGCAGCCAGAAGAAGGAAAAAGAUUCAUCUGAAAGCAAGGGUAUUUCUCGUUUCCUUCCUCCCUGGCUUAAGAAACAAAAAUCCUAUACCUUGGCAGAGCCCAAAGAUGAGGCCAAGAAAAGAGCAAUAGAGGAACAAGUAGUUGAAGAAAGUGAAAGCCAUCCAUCAGGGGGGAUGGCUCAGCCAAAAAGGAGCUUAGAAACAGUGGCUGAAAAUAAUGCUAAAGCAGAUGACAAAGAAGAAAAACACUCUGUUAGUAGUGCAGAAACACAGCCUGCCAAAGAAGAUGGUAAAGAAAUGGAAGUAGAAAAGGUUGCAGAAGAAAAAGAAGAAAAGGAAAAAAGGGAGACAAAAGAAGUGCAGACAGCUGAAAGUAUUCCCCAGAGGCCUCCUAAGAAAAUUAAAACUGUGCAGUGUAAAGUGGUGCUCCUGGAUGGCACAGAAUACAGCUGUGAUCUAGAGAAAAGAGCAAAAGGACAAAUUCUGUUUGACAAAGUGUGUGAGCAUCUCAAUUUGCUGGAAAAGGACUAUUUUGGGCUGUUGUUUUAUGAGAAUUCAGAUCAGAAGAACUGGCUAGAUUCUUCAAAGGAAAUUAAGAGACAAAUUCGAAGUUUACCUUGGCUGUUCACUUUUAAUGUGAAAUUUUAUCCUCCUGAUCCUUCACAAUUGACUGAAGACAUCACUAGAUAUUUCUUGUGCCUACAGCUUCGCCAAGAUAUUGCUUCUGGUCGACUGCCAUGUUCUUUUGUGACUCACGCCCUCCUUGGUUCAUAUACCCUGCAGGCUGAAAUGGGUGAUCAUGACCCAGAGGAGCACCGUAGUGACUACAUCAGUGAAUUUCAAUUUGCACCCAAUCAAACUCAAGAAAUGGAGGAGAAAGUAGCUGAGCUACACAAAACACACAGGGGCCUGACUCCAGCACAGGCGGAUUCCCAGUUCCUAGAAAAUGCUAAGAGGCUGUCAAUGUAUGGAGUGGAUUUACAUCAUGCCAAGGAUUCUGAAGGUGUGGAUAUCAUGCUGGGUGUAUGUGCUAAUGGACUGCUCAUUUACAAAGACAGACUCCGGAUCAACCGCUUUGCUUGGCCAAAAAUUCUGAAGAUUUCCUAUAAGAGAAGUAAUUUCUACAUCAAAGUCAGGCCAGCGGAACUGGAACAGUUUGAGAGCACUAUUGGAUUCAAACUGCCAAACCAUCGGGCCGCUAAGAGGUUAUGGAAGGUCUGUGUGGAGCACCAUACUUUCUUCAGACUUCUAUCACCAGAACAGCCUCCAAAAGCAAAGUUUCUAACCUUGGGUUCUAAGUUCCGGUACAGUGGACGUACGCAAGCACAGACACGACAGGCUAGCAACCUCAUAGAUAGACCAGCUCCUUACUUCGAGCGUUCUUCAAGCAAACGUGUUUCCAGAAGCCUUGAUGGUGCUCCCAUGAGUAUCUCAGACCAAAGUCUGCUAAGAGACUUCCAUAGUACAAGAGGGCAGCCUGGAGGAGACAAAAUCAUUGACCUUGAAGCUGCUGGACAAGCCAAGCUGAAAGAAAGUGGCAGAGAAGAUGAUGGAAGCCCACUCAAAACUCCACAAUUAGAGUUGAUUCAGGAUGGAAAGAAUUUAUUUCUUCAGCUCACUCACAUAUACCCACCAUCACUACCCAUCCAUUCUGUGUCAUCCCAUCUCACAAACUUGUCACCCAUCCCUGAGAUGGACAUGCUUUCAGAUAUUUCAGAGGAAGAGCCUCUCUGUGAGCCUGUCCUUACCAUCCCAGAUGUCUCAGAGUGUAAUUCCAUGAGAGAAAUAGCAGAUCAUAAAAAUAAAAUAGCUUCAGUGAACGAUAACUUUGAAUCUAUGAGAACCCCAGCUAGUCAAGGCCCACCUGCCAUGGAAGGAAAAAUCUGUAGAAAUGACUACAAAAACACUGAAUUGUGUGUCUCAUUCAGCUUUAUCAGAUGCUUUUCUUUUCGUUUCCGAUCGCUGCUUGAUGAAGAUGGUUAUAUUAGUUUUCCUAGCCUUCCUGAUAUUUGCAUCUCUUUCCUCCCACCUGGUGUUCAGCACUAUGUUCCUAUCACCUCUCCUUCCUUCAUCCCCUCUUUUCUCCUUAUCUUUGUGUUGCUUCUCUCAGCUUUCCAGUCUAUUCCUCUUUCACUCACAUUUUCCCUUCCUCUUGCUCUGUCCCUCUGCUACCUGGAGCCUAAAGUGACUUCAUUUAGUGCCUCUUAUGACAAUGACCUGAAUGACAAAGCAGAGGAAGAGGAGGUGGAAUCUGAAGAGGAGGAAGCACAACAGAAGGACCUGGAUAAGACCCAGGACGACUUAUUGAAACACCAGGCUAGCAUUAGUGAGCUCAAGCGCAAUUUCAUGGAAUCCACACCCGAACCACGCCCUAAUGAAUGGGAAAAGCGGCGUAUCACACCUCUGUCCCUACAGACACAAGGGAAAAAAGGAGACCACAUUUUCCAAGUGAAAACGCUGCCUGGAAAGGAGAAGCAAUGGACUGCAAUGUCAUCGAUUGCUGGAACAAAACCAGAGGAAACUGAUAAGAGCCUAGAAGAAGAGAUAGCGUCCAUUUUAUUUAGCCAAGAGCGCUUUGGCGCCGGCCUGGACCGGCCCUUCGCCGUCGCCCGCGCGGGGCCAGCAGAGGGCGCUGCAGGGGAGCAGACCGCCGCCUCGGCCCCGCCGCCCCAGAAACAUGCUUCCAGAGCAGAAGGACCUUGCACUGAAGUCAGCAAUGCUGAUAAGAGUUCACAUGAGACUCUGGACAUAGUGGAGGAGAAGAAGCAGGCAGAGGUUGGGAUAGAAGAAACACUAGUCAUAGACGAAACCAGCAAAGGGAAAAUACAAGUUGCCACUGAUGCUGGGGAAACAUGUAAGGUCGAGCACCUGACAAAAAAGGACUCUUCUUCUUUGCCGUCAGAUAGUAGUAGCAGCAGUAGUAGUGAGAGUGAGGAUGAAGAGGUGGGAGAAUACCAGCCACAUCACAGGGCUGUUGAGGAAGUCAUCAGGGAAGAACAGGAAGAAGAGGAAGAUGUGAAAAGGAAAGAACAUGAAGAAAAAAUACAGCAUGUGGAUGCCACACCCGAAGGCAAUCAGCUAACCAUACCAGCUGAGCGCACAGAAGUUACAGCUGAAGAUUUGGUUCAGGAAAAUGCAACUGCCAUACCUACAGAGGAGAAGAACUUGUCAGAGGAAGUUAAGCAAGACGUAGGUGAAGAAAAGGAGGAGGAACAGCUCAAACUCAAUGGAGAUGUGUCACAUGUUGACAUUGAUGUUUCACCACAAAUAAUUUGUUGUUCUGAGCCUCCAGUAGUGAAAACAGAGAUGGUAACCAUUUCAGAUGCCACACAGAGAACUGAAAUCUCCACAAAAGAAGUUCCAAUUGUUCAAACAGAAACUAAAACCAUCACAUACGAAUCUCCACAGUUUGAUGGCAGUGCUGGUGGCAGCGCUGGUGUGCUGCUGAGCGCACAGACAAUUACUUCAGAAUCAGUUUCUACUACUACAACUACACACAUCACGAAGAUGGUUAAAGGUGGUGUAUCAGAAACAAGAAUUGAGAAACGAAUUGUCAUUACUGGAGAUGCAGAUAUUGACCAUGAUGAGGCUCUGGCACAGGCAAUCAAAGAAGCCAAAGAACAGCACCCUGACAUGUCUGUCACAAGAGUAGUGGUGCACAAAGAAACUGAACUAGCUGAGGAAGAUGAAGACUAAAAUCUAAAAUGCCCUCAAGCAAAUAUUUCAGAAACAAAAAUGAUGCUGGCCAUGAUCAUAACCUUGAAGAACUGUGAUCAUUCCAAGUCAUCACUACUCAACUGAAUUCACCAAGCCUAGCAAUGAUGACCAGAGUUUAAGAAUGAAUUGCCAAUACCAAACUCCAUGUUAACAUCUUUGGCCUAUAUUCCCUUAAAAGCUUUCUUGUUUAUUUUUUUUAUAACCACUUCUUAACAAGCUUAGUUUUUUAAUGACACUUUAGAGGGUAUGAUCUUCUUUUUCACAAAUAUUUGAAUUUCUGAUGCUGAUUCUUGAUUAUAUGAAAGUGAACAAAAAAAGGGGUCUGGGAAGUGUUGUUCACUGGAGCAGGUGGUUAUUGUGCAGAAAAGGGGAUCUUAACUAAUUUAGAUGUAGUUUUGUUCCCAAAUAUUUCAAAUGAAAUCUGUCUCUGGAGUAAUUUACAGAUUAUUUUUUUUCAGAUCAUUCAGGUAAAUAUAUGGUCUCAGAUAACAAAGUUUUUUUUAUAAAAAUAGAACCUUUCCUAAAAUUUGAAAAUAUGCAUUUCUUUGGAUGAAUUUUAUACUGAUAUCUCCUGUAACUCUUUCUGUUCUAAGAUUCUCCCCUCUGUGGGGCAGAGAUGAUGUGGCAGUCUGUAGAGGAGAAAGAGUUACAAAGAAAUUUCUUUUGACUCAGCACUGUGUUCUCUUUGCACUUUGGUGCCAAUGCUCAACUUCUUGUAGACGUUUUGCUGUCUGCGACAUUCCAGAUAGGGAAAGAAAGAAUAUCAAAAUAUCUUCUUCCAACAAGAGAUCUAGGCAGCUUAAAACCUUAGUGCUUUUUUUCUUACUGUGUCCAAACUUCAACACUUCCAUUAUUUGAAUACACGUGUAGAAUGCUUGCUUUCUAUUAAACCUCACUUGUCUACAUGUUAGAACUGACAUUUGUUAUUGAGAAGGUAUAUGUUUCAGAUACUUUGUCUAAUGGUUAACACAGGUUUUUAGGACACUGAGUAAAAGUAUAUGAUGGAUUCCAUUCAUAAAGUGGUAAGACAGUACCAUCAUUUGAGACUGCCAUUGAGAAAACCUGUUAAUUAUUUUGGAUUUCAUUUUUAUUUAGUUCUCGGGGGGUUGUUUGUUUUUGGGGUUGUUCUUGUUUUGUCUUUGUUUUGCUGUUGACUCUGUGUAUAGUUAAAAUGCCAAAUUAGAUUUAUAGCAGCUUGAAGUUGUAUUAAGUGAUAUUUUUGCUUUCUGUAAUUCUGUUAUAAAAUAAAGUUGUUUAUUCUCUGUAUGA